AUGACUGAACAUACCGUGAAAGACUCUUCUACAUUUAUUCCUCCAAGUGUGAUUCCAGACUACCUUUUGACCGGCAAAUCUUACGCAUACUACACGCCAUGUCCGAACGCGAUCACACCCAAAGAGACGUCACCUACAACCAGUGAUGCAGUUGAGAGUACACCAUGUGUAUUGGGUGUGGAUGAAGCUGGCCGUGGUCCAGUCCUUGGACCAAUGGUUUAUGGUGUUUUCUAUCUCCCUCUCGAAUUGCAUCACUCGCUUUUGACCGAGCAGCAUAGCUUUGACGACAGCAAGGUGCUUACCCCUGCUGUGCGCGCAAAUCUGAUGAAACUCUUGAACACACCAGGAGACUCUCUGUUUGAGUCCUGCGGCUAUGCGAUCAAAUCACUUUCUGCGCGCGACAUUUCUUCCGGCAUGAUGAGAUCACCGACUGCGGUCUACAACUUAAACGCUCAGGCGAUGGAUGCAACAGUGGAACUUAUCCGAGGAGUGGUCGAGGACCGUGGAGUGGAUGUGCGAGAAGUCUACAUUGACACAAUUGGCAACCCAGUUACAUACCAACAAAAAUUGGAGCGAAUCUUUCCAUCCCUCAAGAUCACGGUUGCAAAGAAGGCUGACUCUUUGUACCCCUGUGUGAGUGCCGCCAGUGUGGCAGCCAAGGUGACGCGUGACGUUGCACUGGAGGUCAUGUACGAGGCCAUCCUUCAAGCUGAGCAGUCUGACUCUUCUGCCGAAACUUGGGGAAGUGGCUACCCUUCGGAUUCCAAGUGUGUCGGCUGGCUUCGACGCAACAUGGACCCUGUUUUCGGAUGGGGAAACGAGUGCAGAUUCAGCUGGGGCACUGCAAGAGAAAUGCUCGAAGUGAAAGGAGGAACACGGGUGGACUGGCCCCUCGACGAGGAAGAUGGGGCUCCGCGGCUGAACGAUUUUCUACUAUCAUCAGGAGCCGGCAAAGGUUCAAAGGGAGAUGGACUACGAGAUUGGUAUGGUCAACGACCAUCGGAGAUUCUCUAA